AAGUAGGCAGGAGAAACGGGAUCCAUGAAAGUGGUCGUCCGUUUACCUUCACUGACAGUUGUCAGUAGCACCUGUCGACAACAUUGCCCCCUCCUCCCACCUCGCCCAUUCUCGCCCACGCUCUUCUCCGUCCACCUCUAGUUACUUUCCUUACACACUUCAAUUUAUCGCUAUCUAUCCUUCCACUAAAAGUAGUACAACCAACACUAAAGUGAGUUUUCAAAGACAGUUGACAAAUAAACCAUAAGAAGAGCCAAUAUUUGUUGUUUACGUUAGUGGCUAAGGAGUAGGAAAGGUGUUUCACCUUCUUUCUCUUUCAAAUCUUUUCAUGUCUGUAUACUAUUUCCAACUGCUGGUUUAAUCAGACUCUCUUAAGCUCCACAGGUGCUCAAGUUGUCCAAAGGUAAAAAAAAAAGAAAAUGGAAGUAGCUGUAAAUAACCGUUAGGAGGUAUUGGUACCCUGCAAUGGGACGUAUUCACAUGUUUCGAAUUCAUUGGAUGCAAAGUGCUAAUAAACUUAAUUUAAUGAAGCACAAAGCUAAAUGUACAUUAUGCAUAUAUGCACAAGGGAAUACCAUAAUCCAGUACUGUCAUUUUUCUUGUCCUGACGGCAUGACACUCAAAAUAGAGUGUGCAACUGUUCAAAUACAUAUACAUAUGUGCACACGUGCCCUGUAAAAACACACCCGGCGCAUUUUUUAACUAUUAAACUGGUUUGGAAUUGAAGUACGUUGGAACAUUGAACACGUCAGAUGCAUACUUGAGAUAACAGCUAACGUUUCUUAAGAAACAAAGUGAGGAAAAGAAAGAAAGAAAAAAAAACGCAAGUUUAAAAUAACUGGCUGUUCAUUAAAAAAUGUGACAUACGUGAGAAUAUAAUACCCUUUCAAAGAAUUUUGGAAAAUUUCUACUAUAUUUUGCAAUGUUGCAAUGUUUGCUAAAGGAAAAAAAAGGCCAUUCUAAAAGUCUGAUUAGAUAAUCUAAACUUACAGAACUCUGUACAGUUCUUUGAGUGACACAUUGGAUCUUGAAAUAUAUACAAUACAGUGCUUACAGAAGUUGACAAUUUUUUUAAUAUUUCGAAGACUUCAAAUCUCAUGUCGUUGUUAUAAACAUAUUUUUCGAUAUGGAUAAAACUAACGGAAUAACAAAAUAAAUAUAAACAAAUUUAAAGAAGGUGGCAAUAUAGUGAAAGAAAAACAAUUUUGACAGCUCUUUUGAUAUUAUCAAGAAUCAGUAAAUAGUGGGCAAUGUACUCAAAUGAUAUUCCAGAUCUCUGUAGAAAGGUCUCACUGCCGUGUCCUGCAGGUGAAAGAUUCAGAGAUGCAGUCACAUGUCGGGAAUACUAUGAAUGUGGAUAUGACGGUCAGUUUUUAAUCAAGCGACUUUGUCCCGGAAGAAAAGAGUUUGACUCUAAACGUGGUUUCUGUGUUGUCAGUUCAUCAUUUAAAUGUGAAACUCCAGUAAGAUGUCCAAAUCUAUCUUGGUCAAAUAAUCUAAUCCAAGCGGAGAAUUCCUUCCCGACUGACUACGUAGUGGGUGGUGUACUUGGAUCUCUUGCACUUGUUACCCUGUCAAUUCUGAUAGUUGCAUGUAUAAAAAAAUGGCAAAUAAGAAAAAAAAGUCGUCGACGAAUUCAACUGCGGAAAAAUCUUCGUAGCAGGCGUAUGGUACCAGUUUUUGAUAGUUCCGAUUAUUUCCACGACAAGAUGGCUCAAAUGUACGAAAGAAUCAGUAGUAGCCACAAUAUUUCACGUCCAUAUUAUCCACCAAUGUUCAGACCGAUGGCGAUGCGACCGCAAUACGUCCAACCGUAUAGAUACCCACAUCCUUUUGGAAAUUUCGAUAGUUUCGGUUCCAGCGAUCCUGCUCUGUACAUACCAAAUGUUCAUAGCGAACAGAGUGAUGAACCGUCAAUUAUUACUGGGAGUUUUAUCUACCAUAGCCCGAACAAUCUACCACCGCAUUUUAUCUCUAACCCUAAUUACAAUGAUCCGGAUUUAACUUACGACAGUUUCAAGAACGAUCACUUUUUCGCAAGCAGCUCUCUUGGAGUCAUGAAUAAUACACUGACAACUCGCCAGCUGCAUCUCUGAUUUCUUUUGUUGUUGUUGUUGAUGUUUUUUUUUAUUAAUGAAAAUAUUAUUUUUGUAUAAAAUGCAUUCUUUAUGUUCACACACAAUACAUCUGCACUCAGAACAUUGCAAUCUGCACUUUGUUCCAAUUCUUUAAACAUAUUCGGUCUGCAUGCGAUGUAAAUUACUAAACAGAACACAGAACACUGAGCUACUGUUUUCUCUUUAGAAAUUAAGCGAUGUAAGAAAAGAAGCCUCACUGUCCAGACAAUAAGCCUAUAUUUUUCAUUAACAGCAUAUUAGCUUUGGAGAAUUUUUGAUUCUUGAGAUUAUCUCCCUUGCGCAAAUGGAAGUUUGUCUUAAUUGCCAUUUUGGUAAUUAUGAUACAUCCUACAGAGAUAGAGAUAAUUUGAAUAAAUCAAGGAUUUAUAUUGUAUGGUAUUUAUAUACCAAUAUUUAUCUAUGUUGUUCGAGUACAUGCACUGGCCGCUCGAGUUAUUUCUCUGAGCUCAUUUUUGUUUAAAUUAUGCAAAUAUAUUUUCACAUUGAAUAAAUCUAAUGCGUUUAUAUGUACAAUCCUGCACUCUGUCUUUCUUUAAUUCAAUGUAACGUUGGUUACUAUAGGGUAGAUUUUUAAAUACAUUGCC